AUGAGGUCCGGUGUUGUGAUGCUAAGCUCCAACGUCUAUCCUCCUCAAUCUAGUGUGAUCCCACCACGCACCCGUGUCCGCGGUGCAGACGGCUCAAUAUCCCCUGCGUCGGACUCGGGAGGCGUCGCUACAAAAGCUGCUGGGACUGGGACGGGGUCCGCCGCUCAGAGCCCGCCGAGUUUCGAGUUGCUCACGAUAUCUCGAUCCCCGGUCAACGACACGGCUCGACUCGCGAGUGCCUUUGCCGAUAAAAUCAAACCCACCCUCGGCGUGCAGUACAAUCUGGCCUGGACGUACGGCGACUACCUCAACCACGUCCCGGCUCGUCUAGGCGUGAACGAGGCUCUGGACAGUGCCACCGACACCUUUCUGACAGCUUUUGCCACGCUGACGGAUCCGCUCGGCAAGAGAAGUAACCCCGUUCUGUUGGAAAAGUACGGGCAAACCUUGGCCAGUCUGAGAAGGUGUCUGGAUGACCCCGUCAAGGCGAGAAGCCCGGAGACGCUCUGCGCCAUUUUGUUCCUGUGGAAUUGCCAGCAGUUCAUAUGGCAGCGGAAUGGGCCGAUUACCGCACACGCGGAUGGUGUUGCCCAGAUUCUCAAAUUGAGAGGCAAUGUGGACAAGUACCACGACCCCUUCGAGUCCAAUCUACUCCUCAGUCUGCGUGCCGUUGUGGUGAGUGCCCCGUCCGGAGGCGCCAAAGGUUCUGCAGUCGCUGACGUUCGACACCCUUUCCAGCUUUUUGACUCCCUCUUCAAUGGCCGCAUCACUUUCACCGACCAAGAGUGGGUGUCCAUGUUCGAUAGCCAGCUGUAUGACCUCAGUCCAGAAGGCCAGGCGGUACAACGCUUGACCCGUGUGCCGAAUCUGAUGCGUCGAAGCAAGGCCUUCCUGAUGGGGGACCUGGACUCCCAGGAUCAACUGGCCGACUUGGAGAAAGAGGCCCAUGCACUCCGCGCAGAACUCGAGCCCGCACUGUCCCUCGUCCGGCAGCGAUGGGAGAAAGUCUCGGCGAACCCAGACAGCGUGUUCCCACGAAAGCCUCACCUGGCCGGCCUGGCGCACUGCCACUUCCUGCGGUCCUACGCCCUCGUCCUGGCCAUCGCCAUCCUCAUCAACGAGACACGGCUGGCCGUGAGCCUCGACGCGGCCGAGAUCCUGCAAGAGUCGCACGAAUUUUCCCUCGAGAUCAUCAAUCUGUCCAGACUCGCGUCUCCGUACCGACCGCUCGGCGCAUCUGCCCUCGGCGUCUGUCUCCUCACCGCCGAGACCGGGGCGGCCGAUGCAGAGACCAAAGAGUCCGCCAGGAGUCUGCGCAUGGAGUUUGCCAGCGAUUUCCAGGGAUAUCAAAACGUGGAGGCUCGUCAGGACUUGCACCUCAAGUCCGCCAGAAGUGAUGACGUCGACAACGACCCCCUGAGAAUCCUCUUCUGCGGCACCGACCAGUUCAGCGUGGCCUCGCUGCAGGCCCUGGCCCAGUACUCCAAGACCCCCGGCAGCAACGUCCGCUCCAUCGACGUCGUGACCAGGACCGACAAGCGAGUCGGCCGGGGCCGCAAGCUCGUCAGGCCGCCGGCCAUCAAGCCCGCCGCGCAGGAGCUGGGGUUGCCCGUGCACCAGAUCGACACGUUCAGGGGGUGGAGUCCGCCCACCACAGCGGCGGCUUGCAACCUGAUCGUCGCCGUCUCGUUUGGCCUGUUGAUCCCGCCGCGAAUCCUCGGGGCCGCGAAAUACGGUGGUCUGAACGUCCACCCGUCCAUGCUCCCGGAUCUCCGGGGCCCGGCGCCGAUCCAAUGGGCCAUCAUCCUCGGUCGAGAGAGGACCGGUGUCUCGCUGCAGACGCUCCACCCGACGCGCUUCGACGAGGGCAUCGUCCUGGACCAGACACCGCCUCCAGGGCUGGAAAUCCCGCAGCCCGACGACAUCACGGCACAAGAACUCACGAGCUACCUAGCUCUCAUUGGCGCCCAGAUGUUGGUCAAUGCCAUCCGGAACCGUCUGUACAUUCCGCCUCACAAUGCCGUGGGUACCAGCAACAUGGCGGGCAAGGACCCGACGCGUGCUCCAAAGGUCACGAGCGAGCUAUGCGCCAUCGACUUUGAGGCACUCACGAAACCCGAGAUCCUCAGGCGAAACCGGGCACUUCAGUCUCUUCAUGGCUUCGUGAGGUUCGGCCCCGAGCCGUCCCAGGUGCUCCGUAUCAAUUUCGGAGCGGACAUGAGGGAUAUAAGAGAUGGAGACGUCCCAGAAGAAGUCCGGGUGGCAGCGCAAGCAAUGCCGGCUGGGGUUCCCUACGCAAUUAUUGCUGCACACGAGAAUGUCAACGAGAGUUCAGAGCCUCUAAUCAUCAACGCGCGGCCAGACAAAUAUCAAGAGGGGUGCCAAAUUGUCAUUCCCACCAUCACUGUCUCGUCCAGGGCAAAAGGUCCAGGCGCAGGAGCAGCCGCCCGUGCUAAACUCUUCUCACAGCCCGAAAUCUUUGGCCAAACCACCAUUCGUUGA